AUGAUCAUUCCCCAUCUUCCUUUUCCCCAUUCCGACACAACUGCUGCCCCCCUACCCUCCUCUCUGCUCCCUCCUCUCGCAUGCGCCCUCUCCUCUCGCAUGCGCCCUCUCCUCUCGCAUGCGCCCUCUCCUCUCGCAUGCGCCCUCUCCUCUCGCAUGCGCCCUCUCCUCUCGCAUGCGCCCUCUCCUCUCGCAUGCGCCCUCUCCUCUCGCAUGCGCCCUCUCCUCUCGCAUGCGCCCUCUCCUCUCGCAUGCGCCCUCUCCUCUCGCAUGCGCCCUCUCCUCUCGCAUGCGCCCUCUCCUCUCGCAUGCGCCCUCUCCUCUCGCAUGCGCCCUCUUCCUCUCGCGUGCCCUCCCUGCUCACACGCCUCCCCUCCUCACACGCCUCCCCUCCUCACACGCCUCCCCUCCUCACACGCCUCCCCUCCUCACACGCCUCCCCUCCUCACACGCCUCCCCUCCUCACACGCCUCCCCUCCUCACACGCCUCCCCUCUUCACCGCCAAGUCAUUUUCAGGCAAGGUGGAGGCAGUAGACAAGGCAGAGGCAUCAGCGCAAGAGAAGCCGAAGAAGAAGAUAUGCUGUGCGUGCCCCACGACCAAGAAGCUGAGGGACGAGUGCCCCCCCCUGACCCCCACUGGCCCCCUAUGUUCCCCUUCUCCCUGCCCUCCCCUUGUGCCCCUCCACUUGUGCCCUCCAGUUUGGUCCUCUUUUGAAGCGGCAUCAUGUCUUCACCUGUGA